AUGUCGGGAUACAAGGGACCGCGAGGACCCAAUGUGUCCCAGUACAUUGCCAAUCUGAACCAGCUGUCGCCGCCCGCACACAACCUCGCAGAGCCGCAGCCCGUAAACGACGACUUCUCCGCCUUCCUGAACACCGACUUUUUCGACAUCAACGGCGGCACCAACGUCAACCUCAACUCGCCCAUUGACUUUGGCGUCGACUUUGACAUCAAGCCCUCGCCCCAGCCCACUGCCGAGAAUUCCCCGAGACACAGCAUCAGCGCUCCCAGCGCAAAGCCCAACAUGGAGUUCAACUUGAAUGGCGACUUCCAGUUCACAGACUUCUCCAACUUCAACACGGCUCCCAUCCUCGACGCAUCCAUGCCCGGCCUUCCGCAGCCCCCGCAGUCCCACUAUCCGCUCCCGACCACAUACGCACAGCCCAAUGCCAUGUCGCCCAUCGACUACGAUGACUUGACCCCCAAGAAGCGCAAGGUGGACGACCUGUCCGUUGACACGCCCAUUGAGCACAUGGACGAGCACGCCCGCGUUGCCGCCGAGGAAGACAAGCGCCGCCGCAACACGGCCGCAUCCGCGCGCUUCCGUGUCAAGAAGAAGCAGCGCGAGCAAGCCCUCGAGAAGACGGCCAAGGACAUGAGCGACCGCGUGCAGCAACUCGAGGCCCGCAUCGGGCAGCUGGAGACGGAGAACACAUGGCUCAAGAGCCUCAUCACGGAGAAGAACGUGGGCAAAAGCUCAACGUCGGAUCUCAAGGCCAUGCUGAGCGAGCACGAGAAGCAGAAGGCCGGACGGAGUAGCCCCGCGCACACCGAGGGCGUGGGCACCAAGGCGUGA